UGGCGAUUCCAAGGCAGGGGAGUUCCACACAUUAACCAUCUCGCACUGCACACAGGCAGAGGGAAGCAUAGAUUCCGUUCUGCCUGAUCUCUGCCGCAUGAACACAGAACCACCAUUCACAUCCCAGAAGGGGAAGGGCAGAGGAACCAUUGAUUCUGCAGGAGUGGAUGGGAAAGGGUGCUGCUGAGUCUAAGAAGCAUGCUUACAUCUCAGAGGGAUGUGCAGGAAUCUCCCAGCUGGAACAUCAAACCAAAGUACUCCACGAAAGUGCUCAUUGGAAACUGGUUGGAAGAGAGGAAAAGGUUUAUAAAAGACAUUGGGAAACCCAGCAACAGCAUCUAUGGGACUGACUUUAUUUGCUUCCCUGACCACAGAACAGAUCGAACAGUGAGGAGAACAAUUAUGAAGAAACUUGAUGGCCUGCCAAAGCAGCAUCUGUUUAUGCAUCAUGAAGAACCGAACAACCGAAAUUUAGUAACUCAAUACGAUGAUCAUUACAACAGACAUGGCUAUAAUCCUGUGUUGCCUCCGCUCCGCAGAUGGAAUGGACAAAAGCUAGCCUGGCUCCCGGAGAAAUCAGAUUUCCCCAUAUUCGAACCACCCACCAACUAUGGCCUUUUUGAGCAACUAAUGAAAAAAUGGACCCACCAAGAGGCAGGAGUGAUGAACAGUGUCUACACUGUUUCUUAUGAGAUGCCGCCUGUUUCUGCUUUUGCCGUUCGCCGACGUCCGGUCACAAAUGGCCACCGGUCCACUCCGCGAUGGGUAGCGUCUUCCCCACAACCUCCGUGCAAGUCUGGGAUGUGAUGGCUCACCAAAAUGCCUGCCAGCUCCUGAGCAGCCGGUCAGAGACACGGCAGCCAUCGGCGCCACACUGUAGCGAGCUUCUUGCCAUACUAUAACUGCUAUUUAAAUACAGCAUGUUGCCCAAACACUAAGACGAUUCUGGUCCAUGCGCUAUUGGCAGAAAUAGGAAUUAGGCUGUGUAGAGGGAGUGGUGUCUACUGGUUGGAGCAGAGCACUGGGAUGUAGGGUGACUGGAUUACAUUCCCAGCUCUGCCUUUGACCUCUGGCAACUCCACAGGGUGGACUUUGUUUCCCUUACUCGAAUCAGACAUCUGCGUGAUCUUUCUGUGCUGCUGUGAAUGGCUCCGAGUUCACUUUUGUGCAUCAGCUUUGCCUAUGUACUGACAAAAGUCACCAUCACUCACUGCCUCUACUAAGCGAGUGACCUUAUUCAAUUUAGGGCUGGGUGUGGCCCUUCUGUGCCUCUCCCUUGUGGAAAGAAGCAGUAAGGUAUAUAUUCCAUAUACAGGGAGAGUACCCUAUAUAUUUACACACGUUACACAUGAGGACUGUCAUCUAUGCCACUUUUAUAUUAGAGUGAAUACAGGCUCAUUCAUGAGCGCAAUAGGUAAACCAUACGCUGCUUCCAUGGCAUCUGCCUGUGUUGCAUAUUUUUGUUUUACCUGAGCAUUUGUAAAAUGGCAUAGGAUCUUGGCCUACUUCAUGGCUGUGCAUGUGGGGGUGGGUGAAUAAUGUUUAUGAAGUGCUCUGAGAUCAUCAACCUGGAAGUACUAUUACGUAAGUGCAAAAAGAUCAAAACAAAGGAAUCAACACAGUUCUGUUCAGGCUAGGAAGAAGUUGGGGUAUUUGACUGGGAUUUAAUUAGUUUGCAAUUUGUAAUGAGUUUGACUCAUGCCUACCAGAAAUUCUAAGUGCUUAGUGGUGGCGUUAAAAGAUUUGGGUGAGUAACAUUUAGUCUUUCAGGAUAAAUGGGAUUUGACUAACUCUUAGUCAGGCCUGUUUUGGUUACAUUUUGUACACUGUGAAUUCAACCUGAUCCCUCAAAGCCAGAUUGUCCCAUCCGAAUGCACAGCUACGGAACUACUUGU